CUCUUCUCUCCCCGAUCCCCCCUCCUCCUCCGCCACCCCGCUUUCCUCCCCUCCCCGCGCAGACGAGGCAAAACAAACAGAAAAGAAGAAAAGAGAGAGAGGAGGAGAAGAAGAAGCCUGGGCAAAUAGAUCUACAACAAUAUUGCAUCGCGGCGGCGGCGGCGGCGGCAGGGUCGGAGGCAGCUCAGCCAGAGGAACCUACAAAGGCGCCCCGAGCUCCCUCCGCCUCGCCAAGCGAGCGGCGCGGAGGACGGGGGGCUUGGCGCAGCUCGCCGGCGUUUCUUCUUCGCCGCCUGCGCUCAAGGAGGAAGGCAGAGCGAUGUCCCGGCUGUCUUUAACACGGUCUCCGGUUUCUCCAUUGGCUGCCCAAGGAAUCCCUCUCCCAGCUCAGCUCACCAAAUCCAACGCCCCCGUGCACAUUGAUGUAGGAGGACACAUGUACACCAGUAGCCUGGCCACCUUGACAAAGUACCCAGAUUCCAGAAUAAGCCGUCUGUUUAAUGGCACGGAACCUAUUGUGUUGGACAGUUUAAAACAACAUUAUUUCAUUGAUCGAGAUGGUGAAAUUUUCAGAUACAUCUUAAGCUUCUUAAGAACGUCAAAACUGCUGCUCCCAGAAGACUUUAAGGAUUUUAAUCUUUUAUACGAAGAGGCCAAGUACUACCAGCUGCAGCCGAUGAUCAAGGAGCUGGAGCGAUGGAAACAGGAGAAGGAACAAAGGAAGCACUUCCAGCCCUGUGACUGCUUGGUUGUAAGGGUGACUCCGGAUCUCGGGGAAAGGAUUGCACUGAGCGGAGAGAAGGCAUUGAUCGAGGAGAUCUUCCCAGAGACAGGGGACGUCAUGUGCAACUCGGUCAACGCAGGCUGGAACCAAGACCCCACCCACGUCAUUAGGUUUCCUUUGAACGGAUACUGUCGGUUGAAUUCGGUGCAGGUGCUUGAACGGUUGUUCCAGAAGGGCUUCAACGUGGCGGCAUCCUGCGGAGGCGGCGUGGAUUCCUCUCAGUUCAGCGAAUAUGUACUUUGUCGUGAGGACAGGAGACUGCAGCCCAACACCACAAUCAGGAUAAAGCAAGAGCCCCUGGACUAAAGACACCCCCCUUCCCCCCUUCCUUUGUGAACGUAGAAGUGUUUUUAAUAGUCUCGUGUGGAAACACUAAGGAUUUGCAAGACAGUAUUAACCUGGGCGACGUUGCCCGAGUGGUAUCUCUCUGAAACUACCUGUCACCAUUGCCAGCCAUGAACUCUUUAUCUGGAAGCAAAAAGACAGCAUACAAAAUAAUAAUAAUAAUGAUAAUAAUGAUAAUAAUUUCAUUUGUUUUAUUAGUCAACUGCUGGGCGGCAUGCCCAGCGUCGUGAAGUUUUGUGGGAUUGUCCUCUCGGCAGGAAAGCGUGCGGAAUGGAGACAAAGCUUCAGUGAAGAACUGGCCUUUGAUUGGACUUUGGUAGAAGGACCAAUUUAACACAAUUCGAAUAUGCCCAUUGAAGGAGUGCACCAUCUGACUUUCUGUGGGACCUUCUCCUCCUCCUCACUUGGUGAGAUCAAGGAUAUGGGAGCUGCCCAAAGGGAGACGGUAUCGUGCCAAGUGUCUUCCCUGCCCCCUGCCCCCGAUGAAUCCCAUGUCCUAUCCUGUCUGACAGGCUUUUGCAUCGCCAUUUGUCCACCCCCGUUACCCUUCUGUGGUUGCCUUUGCGCAUUGUAUCAAAUGGCUUAUUUUUCUACGACGCUUCCAGUUGUCUGUGUACAGAAGCCACCCCAAACAGGGACCAAUUUGUAUUCUUCUGGUGCUGAAUGAACUCUUUGCAAAUUCUUUUCAGUCCCGCACAACCCACCUUUGAAAUAAAUGCAGUGGUUUGACGUUUGCUGCCUUGUCUGCCCACAACUGACGAGAUUGAAUUGCAGCAAAACAUUUGCAAAAAAACCCAAAACAAACGGAAAUGGAGACUCAAAGCAAGUUCCUAAAUAAGAUUGUUCAGCAUUAAACAGGCACUGCCAUGGAACUUGA